AUGACUGCAUCACACUUGCCAUACACUCGUAAUGGUCUGAAAUUUUUCACCAAGAAAGGAGGUCUAACUUCUCCAGAGGUUGAGGAGAUAUGCGACAAAGCUGCUUAUAAAUACGCCAACAGGCUUGCAAAGGUGUCAACCACACUGCUCACUCCAACAAGAGUUGAUUUUAUGAGCACCUAUGCCAACCACCUCCGAGACAUUAUCAAGAAGAGAGUCAACCAUCCAUUGCACUAUGACACUCCACUUGAAAAUUUUCAGAUAAUAGUAAACGCUGGAAACGGGUCAGCAGGGUUCUUCACAUGGGAUGUGUUAGACAAGCUUGGAGCAGACACGUUUGGUUCUCUUCACCUCAGCCCUGAUGGAAUGUUUCCCAACCACAUUCCCAACCCUGAAGACAAAACUGCAAUGGCCCUAACAAGAGCUGCAGUACUACAAAACUCCGCCGAUCUCGGCAUUGUUUUCGACACAGACGUUGAUCGGAGUGGCGUGGUGGAUAAUGAGGGUAACCCCAUCAACGGCGAUAAGCUCAUUGCGCUUAUGGCGGCCAUUGUUUUGAGGGAACACCCGGGAACGACGAUCGUUACUGAUGCUCGUACCAGCAUUGCACUCGCUCGAUUCAUUAACAGUAGAGGGGGACACCAUUGCUUGUAUCGAGUCGGGUAUCGGAAUGUCAUUGAUAAGGGUGUUCAGCUUAAUAAGGAUGGGAUUGAAGCACAUCUGAUGAUGGAAACUUCUGGUCAUGGUGCACUCAAAGAGAACUACUUUCUCGAUGAUGGUGCAUACAUGGUGGUGAAAAUAAUUAUUGAAAUGGUACGUAUGAAACUGGAAGGAUCGGAUGAAGGAAUUGGUAGUCUUAUAAAAGAUCUUGAAGAACCAUUAGAAUCGAUAGAACUUAGAAUGAAUGUCCUCUCGGAGCCUAGACAUGCAAAAGCAAGAGCAAUGGAGACUAUUGAAACAUUCAGAAGCUACGUUGAGGAAGGUCGGAUACAAGGGUGGGUGUUGGACUCCUGUGGAGACUGCUGGGUGAGUGAAGGCUGCCUAGUGGACUCCAAUGACACUCCUGCUGCCAUUGACGCUCAUAUGUACAGGUCUAAAGUUUCAGAUGAUGAACAUGGAGAGUAUGGUUGGGUACACCUUCGGCAGAGUAUUCACAACCCAAAUAUAGCCGUUAAUAUGCAAUCUACAGUGCCCGGAGGCUGCCUAUCCAUGGCAAGAGUACUAAGAGAUAAGUUUCUUAAGGCAAGUGGGAUGGAUGCAAUCCUUGACAUUACUCAGAUCGAGAG